AUGUCUCUCGAAUAACUUUAAUGUUAUGAGGAUGAUCAAUAUUAUGAUCAAUCUAUCAAAUCAAAUUAGCAAUAAUCUGUAUAGUCCAUUGACUCCUUGAAAUCAAAAAAAUCUAUAGGAUCAUUAGAAAAAUUGGUUUCUCAGAAAAAGACAAAGGAUUCCACUCUCAAACUCGAACUAGAUUAAUUUAUUGGAUUAUUGUAGAAAUUUAAGCUAUCCUAACUUAAAAAUGAUAUCUCUGUUGUCAUGAGUACCGAAUAAGAAGAGUAUUAUAGCUUUUAGCAAAAACAACCUUAAGAUAAAAAUCAAAUUAUGCUUGAAGGUUAUUAAAAGUGUUUCUUAGAAGCAGUCAGAGCUAUUGAUCAAAUGGUUACUAAUCCAAAAGAUCAUAUUUUUAUUUGUGAAAAUUUAGACAAAAUGAAAAUGAUUUAUGUAUUAUUAGAACUAUUUAGAUUAUGCAUAUUUAGAGUUAUUAAGGAAUGCAAAAAUCUGUAAAUCUAUGAAACUAUUUUAAAAUAGACAUUGAUUGAUGCUGAUUAAGGAUUUCUUUACUAUAAAAUCAAAUUUAAUAAAAAUAAAUGCUAAUACAAAAAUUGUAGAGUUAAUUGAAAUCUCUAUAAAUUGAUCUCAAUUAAGAAAGGUUAAAUUAUUUGGAUUUAUAACAAAAAACUAAUAAUAUAAGCAUUUAAUUUUGGUGGCAAAUAAAUAAUUUGAAGCACUUCAAGAUAAACUACUAUCAACUGAGGAUGAAUUAAAUCAAGUAGUGUAAUACUCAAAUAAAACAAUCAGUUAAAGCAAAUACAAGUCUAAGAGACGUAAUUAACAAUUAUGAAAUCAAAUCAGAAGUAAAAUAAUAAAGCACAUCUCCACUUAUUUCUAAUAGUAAUCCUCAUAAUUAAGAGAACUAAUCAAAUUAAUCUAAUAUCACUACAAUAUCCUUUAAUUAAUUAAGACUUACGUCUAAGAUUCAAUUAAAGAAAGUCACUCUCCUCAAAAGAAAAAUUUUGUCAAAAGUGAAGAUAAAUUUAUGA